AUGGCUAAAGGCUACAACGCAAGAAUCGCGUCGAAUCCGUACAUUGUCGGUACGUUCGCAUGUAUCGGCGGUGGACUCUUCGGUUUGGACAUCUCGUCCAUGUCCGGAGUGCUCAACAACCCCGCCUACAAUUCCUAUUUCAACAACCCCAGUUCGUCAGUGCAAGCAGCCAUCGUUGCAUCCAUGCCCGCAGGCUCCUUCAUUGGCGCACUCUCGGUCGCCACACUGGGAGAUAAAAUCGGAAGGAAGAACACGAUCAUCUUGUCCGGUAUCAUCUGGGUCAUCGGCUGUAUCCUGCAAUGCGCUUCUCAGAACCGAGGUAUGCUCGUCGUAGGCCGUAUCAUCGCCGGUCUUUGUGUUGGCUUGGCAUCCGCUAUCGUCCCCGUGUACCAGUCCGAGAUUACACCUCCUGCAAUUCGUGGUCGUCUGGUCUCCGUGCAACAAUGGUCAAUCACCUGGGGUAUCCUCCUCCAAUACUUCGUUGAAUUCGGAUGCUCCUACAUCGAUGGAGACGCCUCUUUCCGUAUUCCUUGGGGCUUGCAGAUGAUUCCAGCUAUCCUACUUUCGGCGGGUAUGACGGUAUUCCCCGAGAGCCCUAGGUGGCUGUUCGAUCAUGGACGUGAGGCAGAGGCGCUCGAGGUGCUCGCUGACCUUCACGGUGGAGGGAAUCAGGACGACGAGCUCGUUCAACUUGAGUUCAAUGAGAUCAAGAACCAGGUCGAGUUCGAACGUACGGAAGGCGCCAAGUCAUACUUCGAUCUCCUCAAGCCGGGUAUUCUCAGGCGUGUCUCCCUCGGAUGUUCUAUCCAGAUGUGGAGUCAGCUGAGUGGGAUGAACAUUAUGAUGUACUAUAUCGUCUACGUCUUCGAGGGUGCAGGCCUUACCGGCCGCCGCGUCAACUUGAUCGCUGACUCGGUGAAUUAUGUUCUGAACGUCGUUCUCACCAUCCCCGCCAUCAUCUUCAUCGAUCGUUGGGGUCGUCGUCCCCUGCUCCUCGGCGGCUUCGGGUUUAUGGGUUUCUUCCUUAUGCUCGUUGGAGGCCUGCAGGGCAAAUUCGGCUCCUGGAUCGAUCUUGAUGGCGCUCAAGUUUGGAGUAUCCCCGCAGAUAAAGGAAGCGUUACGAAGGGAGUCAUCGUCUGUUCAUAUCUGGCCGUAUGCUCAUUCGCAAUCUCCGUCGGUCCCGUCUCCUGGACCUACCCCGCCGAAAUCUUCCCCAUGCGCGUUCGUUCGAAAGCCGUCUCCAUCGCCACCGCCACGAACUGGGCCUUCAACAUGGCGCUCGCGUUCGGCGUGCCCCCCGGUUUCUCCACCAUCGCCUACAAAACGUACUUCAUCUUCGGGACGUUCAACUUCGCCGCGUUCUUGCAUGUGUUCUUCUGUUUCCCUGAGACGGCGGGCAGGACGUUGGAGGAGAUCGAGGAUGUGUUCGCGCAAGGACAUGUGUUUAGUGCCUGGAAGGUUAGUAGGCAUGUUGGGAAGAAGACGUUGGAUGAUGUGGUCCAUGCUCCAGGGCAUGAGGUUAAGGAGGUGGUGGAUGAGAAGGCUAGUGCUUGA